GCUUCAUUCAUGGGGUAAGGUUGAGUUCAGUGAGUGGGUGUGUCAUCAUCGUCACUGGCUUCUGCUUCUGGAAAUUAGUUCAUAAGAAUCGUUCGUUGAAUUAGGUCAUCCAAUCAAAGAGAACCCUAACGCUAAAUUUACCUAACAUUGUCGAGGCAUGGAUUCUCAGGUUGCAGUAGCUCUUGCUCUUUCACUUGUUGGUGGCGUCAGUACUUCUAUCGGUGCGCUUUUUGUGAUUGUCAAUCAAGCUCCCAAUUUGAAGAUGCUCGGGUUACUACAGGGUUUUGCUGCUGGUUUGAUGCUCAGCAUAUCGUUCUUUGAUUUGGCUCACAAUGCUUUGAACUCACUGGGCUUCUUGAAAGGCAACCUUUGGUUUUUUGCUGGGGUGAUAUUCUUUGGUGUUGUGGCCAGUUUUAUCCCAGAGCCAACUCUUGCUCCCACUUCUGAUGUCAAAGGCAGAAAGAAAAAUGGGGAUGAUGGAGGCAAGGAUACUUUGAAAAAGCAUCGCCGGCAGGUUUUAUUCAGUGGAAUUGUUACAGCCGUAGGCAUAAGUUUGCACAAUUUUCCAGAAGGAAUGGCAGUGUUCCUUGGAUCCAUGAAGGGCCUCCGAGUUGGCAUCAACUUGGCAUUAGCCAUUGCUUUGCACAAUAUCCCAGAGGGUGUUGCUGUUGCACUUCCUGUUUAUUUUGCGACGCAAAGUAAAUGGCAGGCAUUCAAAUUAGCAUCACUUUCUGGCUUCGCUGAACCCCUGGGAGUGAUAAUUGUAGCCUAUCUAUUCCCUAGCAGCUUAAGUCCUGAGAUUCUGGAAGGUUUACUCGGAUCAGUUGGUGGAGUUAUGGCCUUUUUGACCCUUCAUGAAAUGUUGCCUCUGGCUUUUGAUUAUGCGGGACAAAAGCAAUCUGUUAAGGCUGUCUUUUUGGGAAUGGCUUUCAUGUCUGCAAGCCUGUAUUUUCUAAGUAUCAGCUUACCUGAGGACUUGAGCUUGUAGCAAAAUUCCUUCAGAAGGGAUCUGAGAGUGCAAAAGGACAGUAAUGCACAGUUAAUCUGUCUAGGAUAGCAAUCAAUCAGACAUCAGUGUAGAGGGAGACAUUCCACCUAUGAUUGUGGAUUUUCCUAUAGACUAAUGUACAAAAAAACAAGAAUAAGCGUAAUCCCUUUAAUUCUUUAACCGACUCACCUUGUAUACUGUGUAUCAUCAACGAAGAUUGGACUUUAAAAUUGCACAAUUUGCUGAUA